GCCGCCGCCGCCGCCGCCGCCGCCGGGGUUUCGGUGCGGGGGGACGCGCACAAAGGUGCGGCGGCGAUGCUCCAGGGCGGCCCCCCCGUGCCGUGAGCAGCCCCCCAUGCCCGGCCCGUGUCCGAUGCCGGCCCCUCCGGAGGCUCCGGACGCUCCAAAGGCCUCGGUGAGCGCCGGGACGGAGCCGCCGCCGCCAGAGCCGCCCGGUGGGCGCGUCCUUUUCUCCUGAGCGAGGCCACCCCAAGGUGACAAAAUUGAGCCCCUCAAGGUCACGGUCGACUUCCUGAAGGUGCCCCUGGGCCUGAAGAAGCCCCCGCUGAAGGAGGCCCUGGCCGCUCUCCCGGGAAAACCCAAAUCCCACAUCCUGGAGCGGCACAAAGCCCGGCGCUCCGACGCCAUGGAUAACGAGUCGCAGUAUUCCGGAUAUUCCUACAAAUCCGGCCACUCCCGCAGCUCCCGCAAGCACAGGGAUCGGCGGGAGCGGCACCGCUCCAAAAGCCGGGAUGGGACGCGCGGGGACAAAUCGGUGACGAUCCAAGCGCCGGGAGAGCCUUUGCUGGACAACGAAUCCACGCGGGGGGACGAGAGGGACGACAACUGGGGCGAGACCACCACGGUGGUGACGGGGACGUCGGAGCACAGCAUCUCCCACGAUGACCUCACGCGCAUCACCAAGGACAUGGAGGACAGCGCCCACCUGGACUGCUCCCGCCACCUGGGCGUGGCCCUGGGCGUGGCCCUGGCGCUCCUGGCCUUCCUCACGCCCUUGGCCUUCCUCCUCCUCCCGCAGCUGCUGUGGCGGGAGGAGCUGGAGCCCUGCGGGACGCCCUGCGAGGGGCUCUUCAUCUCCGUGGCCUUCAAACUCCUCAUCCUCCUGCUGGGCAGCUGGGCCUUGUUCUUCCGCCGCCCCAAAGCCUUCUUCCCGCGCGUCUUCGUCUUCCGCGCCCUGCUCAUGGUGCUGGUUUUCCUGCUGGUCGUGUCCUACUGGCUUUUUUACGGCGUGCGGAUCUUGGACUCGCGGGACCGCAACUACCGCGGCGUGGUGCAGUUCGCCGUCUCCCUGGUGGACGCUCUGCUCUUCGUCCACUACCUGGCCGUGGUGCUGCUGGAGCUGCGGCAGCUCCAGCCCCAGUUCACGCUCAAGGCCGUGCGCUCGGCCGACGGCGCCAGCCGCUUCUACAACGUCGGCCACCUCAGCAUCCAGCGAGCGGCCGUGUGGAUCCUGGAGAAUUACUACCACGACUUCCCGGUCUACAACCCCGCCCUCCUCAACCUUCCAAAAUCCGUCCUUUCCAAGAAAAUGUCCGGCUUUAAGGUCUAUUCCCUCGGCGAGGAGAACUCCACCAACAACUCCACGGGGCAGUCGCGGGCAGUGAUCGCGGCGGCGGCGCGGCGGCGCGACAACAGCCACAACGAGUUCUACUACGAGGAGGCCGAGCACGAGCGCCGGGUGCGGAAACGCCGCGCCAGGCUGGUGGUGGCGGUGGAAGAGGCCUUCACCCACAUCAAGCGGCUGCAGGAGGAGGACCAGAAGAACCCGCGGGAGAUCAUGGACCCGCGCGAGGCCGCCCAGGCCAUCUUCGCCUCCAUGGCCCGGGCCAUGCAGAAGUACCUGAGGACCACCAAGCAGCAGCCCUACCACACCAUGGAGAGCAUCCUGCAGCACCUGGAGUUCUGCAUCACCCACGACAUGACCCCCAAGGCCUUCCUGGAGCGGUACCUGACGGCCGGUCCCACCAUCCAGUACCACAAGGACCGCUGGCUGGCCAAGCAGUGGACGCUGGUCAGCGAGGAGCCGGUGACCAACGGCCUCAAGGACGGCGUGGUCUUCGUGCUGAAGCGCCAGGACUUCAGCCUGGUGGUGUCCACCAAGAAGAUCCCGUUCUUCAAGCUCUCCGAGGAGUUCGUGGACCCCAAGUCGCACAAGUUCAUCAUGAGGCUGCAGUCGGAGACCUCGGUGUGAUGGGCCGGGAUGGGACUUUUCCCGAAUUCUUCCGGCUCCGAAUCUCCGAAUUUGGCUCCGCCGGUGCCGCCAGGCCGCGGAAAACCGGGAAAGCUGCUCCCGGCUCCAGCGCCUUGCUGGGAUCAUGACCACUCGUCCUUUCUUGAGGUGGCUGAGCCCCUUCUCCUCCUCCUCCUCCUACUCCUCCUCCUCAUUCCCAAAACCCGGAUCCGUUGGAGCCGUACCUCAAGGGCUAAUUCCAAGAAUUCCCAACUUCCUUCUUCACCAGCAUCCUGGAGCAGCUCCAGGUCCCACAGACCUCCUGCUCCUGUCCGUUUUCUCCUGGACAUCUGUCCUGGCUCUGGCCUUAAACCACUGCCCGGCCCCGGGGCUGCGUUUGGAAUCCCAAGGGAAUUGCUUGGGCGAGGAGAAGGAUUUUGGAAGCAUCUCCAGGAUCCGUGGCUGCUGUGGAAAAGCUCCCGUGGUGCAUCCCAGGUUUUGGGAGCGUCCUCCUCGCCUCCGCCGAUGGUUUUUUAGGAAAAACGAGCGGAAAUGUGGGUUUUUUUGGAGGAGUUGAAGGUUGAAUUGAGAUUUUGGGAGGUUUUUUUUUGGGUGGAUUUUGCUGCUCCCGAGGGGAUCCGUGUCCCAAAUUCCAGCGGCAUCUCCGUGGGGCUUCCCGGUGCCACUGGAGCCAUCCUGGAUCCACAACCCUGAGGAGCUCCUGGGAGAGGUCAACGAGGUCCUCAAGCGUCCCUCGAGGCGACCCCGUGGUGAUCCCACGGAAUUCCCAUCGGGAUGCAAAAAAACCGCUUUUUUUUGCCUCCUUCUGGUUUUGUUUUUAAGGUCGCAAAUACCUCACGGAUGGAUUUGGAAUUUUAUUCCCUUUAUUUUUUUUUUCCCCCCACUCCAGCUUCCACCUCCACCCUCGUGGGGUCGGAAGCGCCGGAUUUCAUUCCAGGGGAGGCGUUUUGGGGUCGGGUUUUGGGGUCGAUUUUGUCCUAAGCACUAAAAAGGGGGAGUUUGGAGCCAGGAGAGGCUUCCCCAGUAAGCACCAGUAGCAAAAUGGGGGGAUCCAUCCCCUCUACCCGAAUUCCAGGAAAUCCCCCCUUUUUUUUUGGGGAAUUUUUGGGGGGAAUUCUUUGGGGAAUUUCAACUGGGAGCCCAUUUUGGGGCAUUUUCCUGAAAAAAAAAAAAAAGAAAGAAAAAAAAAAAAGCAGAUGGAUCUUCCUGGGAGGGUGGGGAAUUCACAAUUCCAUUUGGGAAUUUUGGGAGAUCAAAAUUCCCUUUUGUUGGUUCCGUUUUUGGGGUUGGGUUUGGAUUUUGUUUUCCCGCAGAGCCGAGAGUUUUGUGCAUGCGUGUAGAAAGUUGUAAAAUGUCAAAUUAAUGGUUUUUAAUAUAUAAAAAAAGCUUGGAUUUUCCCGGAUUUUUGCAGUGGAUCGGAGCGUUCCGGCAGUGGUAGGAAUUUUUUUCCGUUGGUGUUUGGUUGUUUUUCGGGUUUUUUGUUUUAUUUUUAUUUUAUUUUUUUUUCAUAGAGGAACUAAAAUUGUACAAUUUUGUUUUUUUAAGAAAAUAAAUCUGUUUUGACUUUU